GAAUUCGUCAAAAUAAUCAAUAACUGCGUUAAUGAUAAGAUAUGAACAGGUAAUCCCUCUACACGAUACAUCGACAGAUAUGUUUCAACCGCAAAUGUGUGUGCAAUAUUCUGAGUGAUCUUUAUUACAAAAAAAAAAAAAAGAAAAAGUGCAGUGCUAAAAAAAUGGAGUCGAGAGAUAACAAUGCUUUGAGGGGAAAACAUUUCUCGCGACUUCAUGAAAAAAUACAAAGUAAAUAUAGUGAAAUUCAAAGAAGACUUGAGAAAUCCAAAUCGGUGGAAUCAUUAGCCGCAAUUAGUGAUAAUCAAUUGUUUAACAAACUAAAAUAUGCCAGCGCCAUUGAUCUUACCGAGAACAAUGAAAUGUAUAUUGAUGAUCAUAAUAAUGAUUUUCAUAAUUUAAUACACAGCAUCAUUGUUGAGGAUGUAAAUAAUCGAAAGGCUACUUUAGAAGAUGUAAAUUUUAAAGAAGCAAGCAUAUCACGAUCAUACUCUGGAAGUUUAUUAAGUGAAGGAUAUUAUGUUUGUAGUCCUAAACAGAUUAAAUUGUCAAAUGGAAAUAAUAAUUUGCCAUUGAGAAUUAUACAAUUAAAUGAAAUAGAAAAGGGAAGUGACGACAAUCUCACGCCCACUACACCGCCUGCAAGAAUUUCUCUCCGUAAUAAAAUCGGCUCUCGAAUAACUGCUGUCAAAGAAAAACGUCGCGAGGAAAAGGAAAAAUAUACUAAAGACAAAAAGAAAGAAACAAAGGACACAGGGGCGGGACUCGAAAAGCUCAUACUAAGCAACGCGACAUACGAUUCAAGAUUAUUGAAACGAAUCAAAUUGGCAACUGUAACAAUUGCAUUAAUCGAAGUUACUGGAUUAGAUAAUGCACAAAACAAUAUUGAAGAAAAACCGCGCAAUCUCCAUUGCCGCUUCAAAUUGGGCACAGAAAAAUGCAAAUCUAAGACUGUGAAAAGUAUAGCAAGUAAGGCAAAAUGGCAAGAACUGUUCAAUUUAAAUAUGUAUGAAGAAAGUAUGCUCGAGGUAACCCUUUGGGAUAAGGACUUCUUUAUUGGCAGGCGUGUUAUAGAUUUAUCAGAUAUGGAUAAAGAGAAAACACAUAAAAUAAAUAUCGAUUUAGAAGGUGAAAUGCCGAAUGUUAAAUUAUUUCUUCUACUUACAAUCACUGGAACCACUACGGAUAACAAUAUUUAUGAUCUAGGUGAUUAUGAAGAAACACAGACAAGAUUGGAAACCGUAAGAAAAAAUAAUGUUUGGUAUCAACUAGACAACUUAACUGAAGUUGGAUGGUUGUCAAUAAUUGUUUAUGGAGCUAAGGGUUUAGCUGGAAAUGACUGUUAUUGUGUAUUGAAACUAGGAAACGAAAGGCUCCAAACGUACACAGAUUGCAAAACGAACGAUCCUAAUUGGAUGAAGGCGUUUACUUUCACAAUAACUGAUAUUACUAGUUUAUUAGAAGUAACGGUAUACGACGAGAAGAAAAACGAAGAAGUUGGAUGUAUAACAAUACCAUUAUUCAAAAUAAAUAAUGGCCACAAAGUGUGGUAUGCGCUCAAGGAUGUCACACAGAGAGAACAAGCCAAAGGAAAUAAUCCAAGAAUACUGCUAGAGAUGAGAAUAUCUUACAACCCUAUAAAGGCUGCAUUAAGAGUAUUAAAGCCAAGAGAAAUCGAUUACCUAGAAGUCGAAGAGAAGUUCGACAGACGACUGUUUACUAGAAACUGGACUAGAACAAAAGCUAUAAUAAAUUGGAUUCUUGAAGUUUACAAAGUUAUAAAAUCUUCAUUCGAAUGGGAAUCAAGAAAAUUAAAUACUAUAGCACUAAUUGUAUGGCUACUAUUCCAUUGGUUUUAUGAAGCUUGGAUGAUCCCAUUACUUUUAUUAAUACCUUUCAUCUACUAUAGUCCCGAGGAAUACAACUUAUUUCAGGAUUCUGUAAAAUUAAGAAACGGAACGAAGGGAACUGAAAAUGAUCGUGCGAAAAUAGAAAAGGAGGAAAAAACUUCAAUUAGACAAAAAAUUCAAGGUUUACAAGAAUUGAUUCAAAAUAUACAAAAUUAUCUUGGCAAAAUUGCAACCCUUGGUGAAAGUGUUAAAAAUUUGUUCAAUUUUUCAGUGCCAUUUCUAAGCCAUUUCGCUAUAAUUUGCUUAUUGGGUAUAUCACUUAUAAUGUACUUAAUACCAGUAAAGUACUUAUUUAUGGCUUGGGGUAUACGUAAAUAUACAAAGAAAAUCUUUCAACCAAACAGAAUACCGCACAACGAAAUAUUGGAUUUGCUCUCUAGAGUGCCCGAUGAUGAGAUUCUGCUAAAUUGUGUGGAGUUGCCAUUGGAAACCAAAGAAGAAAAAUUGUGAUUUUAUUACAGUAACUAUAGAAAUGACAUAUUAUGAUCUGAUGUAGCUCUAAUUAAAAAAACAAUGUGAUUUUAUACAUUAUUAAGUUAAUUUUAAGUUUAAUAAUAACGUUAUUUUCAUUGUGACAGA